AUGCUUCAUUAUCAAGUGAAUAGUCAAGGUCUUGAUUUAAGCUCAUGCAUAUCUGGACAAUGGGUUACAUGUGGUAUUAUUGUAGGUUCAGCCGUUUAUAAGAAGUACAAUUCAUGGAGUGAUAUCGACACAAAGCAAGCUUUUGGAACAACAUGUCAUUCACAAUUCAAGGGUGGUUUUCAUAGUUGGCAAUGGAAAUGGAGUGGCAAAUUCUGGUGUCCAUCAUUAAGCUCAACUAUCAUGGGUGAAAGUACACAAUGGAAAAGUCGUAAUGGUGCUAUCGAGCAUGCUAUUCAAGAUUAUGUCACAAAAAUGACAUCAGCUGGCUUGCUCACUUUAUCUCAACUCAAUUCAUAA